AUGAACACCUCCGACCAAAUUGAAGUGGUCGAGAUUGCCAAGUCCAGGGCAUUGUCGCAUGAACUGAGUGAGAAACAUCCUGCUGAAGUUGCAGCUGACGAAGCGAGUAUCAAGCCAGCGUCCGUCAUCCAAAACACAGCAGCCUUCACAACUGGCUCGUUGCAAAAGGAGUACCCCGAUGAGGAGGAUCUACGCAGCCUUCGCCGCGUCCCAGGAAAGAUCUCAUGGAUCACCUACACAGUCGCCUUUGUGGAACUCUGCGAGCGAUUCUCGUAUUAUGGAACCACGGCAGUUUUUGUGAACUUCAUCCAGCGACCUCUUCCCGCCCACUCCACGACCGGUGCGCUGGUGGCUGGCACAGACUUCAAUAAACAUGUUCCCGGUGCCUUGGGCAUGGGACAACGUGCAUCGACCGCACUGACACUUUUCAAUCAAUUCUGGUCUUAUGUCAUGCCCUUGGCAGGUGCUUAUGUCGCAGAUCAAUACUGGGGUCGAUACCGCACCAUCUUUGCCUCUCUCGCAGUGGCCCUGGUUGGACAUACAAUUUUGGUCAUUUCUGCCAUCCCUCGUGUGAUUGCAAGUCCCGGAGGUGCUAUCGCUUGUUUCUCUAUAGGUCUGGUGAUCAUGGGGGUAGGAACUGGCGGGUUCAAAUGCAACAUAUCUCCACUCAUUGCAGAGCAGUACCGCGAAGACAGGCCCUACAUCCAAGUCUUGCCUACUGGAGAACGUAUCAUUAUCGACCCCGCCGCCACAAUCUCUCGAAUUUUUCUCUACUUCUACAUGAUGAUCAACAUUGGCUCACUGCUUGGUCAAAUAGGCAUGGUCUAUGCUGAGCGCUAUGUUGGCUUCUGGCUUUCGUUUUUGCUCCCAACGGUGAUGUUUUGUCUCUGUCCAACAGUGAUGUUUUUUUGCCGAAAGUACUACUAUCUGGCUCCGCCCACGGGCUCGGUCUACUCUCGCGCAUUCCGUCUAUGGUGCCUUGCCAUGAAAGGCCGAUGGUCAUUCAAUCCAAUAAAAUUGUUUCAAAAAAGGACUACCCCCAAUGGUUUCUGGGAUCGCGUCAAGCCCAGUAAAUUAGGCUCAGAAAAGCCUCAAUGGAUGACCUUUGACGAUGCCUGGGUAGAUGAGGUUCGGCGUGGAUUCAAAGCUUGCGCGGUAUUUCUUUGGUAUCCACUAUACUGGCUGGCAUAUAACCAAGCGAUGAACAAUCUCACCUCUCAAGCGGCCACAAUGUCCUUGGGUGGGGUACCAAAUGAUAUCAUCAACAACCUGAACCCCAUUACCCUGAUCAUCUUUAUCCCUAUCAUGGACCGGCUUGUCUAUCCCGGCCUUCGUCGCAUGGGAAUCCAUUUCACGCCGUUGAAACGCAUCACGGCUGGCUUUUUCGUCGCAGGCUGCGCGAUGAUCUCAGCGACGGUGACUCAACAUUACAUCUAUCAGGAUGGGCCAUGUGGCAAAGAUGCCAAUCACUGCUUGGAGGUGGAAGGGAAGCAUACCAAUAUCUCAGUUUGGGUGCAAGCCGUGCCCUACAUUUUGGGCGGUAUCUCCGAGAUCUUUGCCUCGGUUACAUCUCUUGAGUAUGCCUUCACCAAAGCCCCGCACAAUAUGAGGUCGCUCGUGGCGGCAGUGUCACUGUUUAUGAACGCCUUCUCCUCGGCUUUGGGUCAGGCUCUGGUGGCACUGUCCGAUGACCCGCUGUUGGAAUGGAACUAUGGUAUCACCGCAAUUCUGGCCUUUGUGGGAGGAGUGGGGUUCUGGUUCACCAAUCGGCAAACCGAUAGUGAGGAGGAUGCACUGAACAUGCUGCCCGAAAGUCACUUUUCGGGCAAGGAGAAGAACGAGGAGGAAGCGAAUUAG